AUGACGUAUCUGCAUUUGACGGUUAGCAUGUUUGAGAGUGCAAAACGAAAUAAAGGAAUGGUCGAUCAAACCACAUUCAAAACUGCCAAAAAGUAUGGCUUUGAUUCCUUAUAUUUUGACGAAAUUAGUUUGGAUGUUGUUGACAAUUACGUUCGCUAUGUUAGGCCAUUGCUGCAACCAAGGUGCGACUAUUUGCUCGUCAAAUCGUAAUUUUAAGUAUAUUAGUCUUUCAGGCAAUCGGAAAAUACGUUCAUCCCACAAGAUACAGGCAAAUCAUUGAAACUGAAAGUGUGCAAAUCCUCAAUGUAGAGGAGCAGAAGUUGGUUUCUGAAGAUCAAAAACACAGUUCGAAUGUCCUCCGAGUCCAUUAUCAGAAAUUGCGUUCUCGAGAUGUAGCUAUCAAAGGGCGAACAUGUAUGGAAAAAUUGCGUGGCUUACAAGGAGCAGAAAUGGACACUUGCGUUGAACAGUUAAAACAAGAACAUUGUUCCGAACACAAAUCAAAAAGUGAUAACGAAACCACUCCCAUACCGCAAACAACGACAGAAAAGGUUUCUGCCGAGAAACAAAAAACCCCUGAGAUUCACGAAAGAAGAGGAUCAAUUUAUAGAAAGGGGAAUUAA